AUGUUAGACUCACAAAAUCAUCAAUUUGCUGAAACAGAAGAAGAAAGCAACCUGUUGCUUCAAAAGUUGUUAAAUCAAUGUCCAGAAAUGGCUGAUGAUGGUAAACAUAUUUUUAUAGUCUAAAAAUAAUAUUUGAGCUAUAAUUUUGUCUAAUUAUUGUUUCAGAUUGUAAUAUAUGUAUAUUUAUUACUAUAUAACCGUGAAACUGACAUUACAAUAUAAAUUUAAGUUUCCGAACCUCAAGAACAAGCAGAAAGUGCCUCAACCUCGAGUAAAUGCAACGAAACCUCAGAGAACGGCAGAGACACUCAGUCGCCAGUCACUGUGAACGGUGAUCUAGCUAAUGAACUGACUAAACAGCUUAGCUUUGUCAGCCAUAACCUAGUGAAACUACUGCAUGGGUUAGGUCAAAAGCCUUGUUCGUGCAACGACUGUAACAAGUGUCUUCUGAAGUUUUCUCCGGAGACUGCAUCCUGUUCAAGAACAACUACAACACCUCACCUCAACCUAGAUUUUGUUGUCAAAAACCUGCAACGUGGCGAACAUGACGAAGUAGAAUACUUGGAAGAUGGUACUGUAAAACGAGGACGAAAGUCCAAGUACUGUACUCCGGAGAGAAAAAAAGAAGUGGCAAUAUACGCUGAAGAGUAUGGUGCCACUGCAGCUUCGAAACACUUCCGAAUCCCUCCAGCUGUAGCAGCUUAUUAUCAUCGUAAACUGAGAGCUACAAUCCUAAGUGAAGGUCAUGGAAAGAUAAAGUCUGUAGCUUCCAAGUCUGAUUUCAACGGUGAAGAAGUGGAUUCAGAAGACAGUCCAUCGAUAACAACCAAUGGCUUCUUCCAAAGUCCUCAUCUCAGAGGCCGCGGCAGGGGUCGGCCGAAGCUGAUCGGUGAUGAUUUAGAUGCUGAGUUGGUUGAACACAUGGUGGGAGUGAAGAGGCGAGUUCCUCGAGGGCAUCUGACUGCAUCGUACGCUCUCGAAGUCGCCAGAGGCUACAUUAUGAACAAGCAGCCGAACCUGUUAGAGGAGAAUGGGGGUCCCAUCAACCUGAAGAUCACUUGGGCCAUCAAGUUGGUAUCUAGGACUAAUGAGAGGUAUCAGGAACUGUACGGUAACAACGCUACGUCGUCUGUUGAUGAUCUAUUAGCUAACUUAGGCCACAGUAAUGAAGAAGGUAAGUGAAGUAAUUGUGUUUUUAUUGCAAAUUUUUUAUGUUUAGGGAGUUAUAACAAGCGUAGUCCGUUUAAUUUAUCAUAUAAGAUGUACAAUAAUGCAGAGUUACUGUAAUUUCUUGUUCAAUUGCUUCUUUUUAUUGAUAAUUAACCCUUUCAGCAGCAGAUAAUGUAAAAACGGCAACUCCAGAAAUCCACAAUGUUCGCGAGCUUGACUUGAACUUUGCUUUUAAUAACGUUGAUGGUCAACACUCUCAAGAUAACAUGGAUGGUACUCCUACGCUUUAA